GUUUGUUUACGCAUGUGUUGGAAACAUGCAUUUCCGAUUGCCCUGACAAGUCGAAGGGAAUUUAUUUUUGCAUUCUAAUGAUGCUCUAAAAAAUUAUGAACAAUGUCAGCUAGAAGUCAUGUAGACGAUUUGAGUCUUACUGGCUCUCAGAUAUCAACGAGAUCAUCCCUGAAGAAGUCCUCUUCAGCACGUCAGCUGAAUCGCCCCAGCUCUGCAUCAAAAACCCAACAGGGGAAUGGAGCUAAAUCUGAGAGUGUUAAAAGAAAUACCUUUCAAGGUCAAGGUAAUAUAAGCCAGAGAAGUGAUUUAUCCUCAGUGAGUAGAAAAAGUACAGGAAAAGGAAAGUCACCAGGAGAGGACUUUUUAGCCUUGUUUGAAAGUUCAAUUCAACCAAAGAUAAAAACACCUGCUGCAAAGUCCAAAAAGCCUGGACCCAAUGCUGUUAAAGUUUUAUGGCAGCAGCCUCCAAAGAAGUGUCCUUCUGAUAUUGGAAUGAAUGGAGAUGGGAACACAUCUCCCAGUCCUGUACAAAAUGUAUUUCAGCGACACACAUAUCGCAGCACUGAUGACGAAUCCGAUGAAGAUAUUCUGUCCUCCAGUUAUAGCAAAAUUCAGGCCUUACAACAGCUUCAAGCUCAAAAACAGAAACCUCCUUCCCCGGGUGACAUUUUGGGGAAUCUUGAUGCCCUGGUGAGGAUUAAGUCUCCAACAGGAAAUAAAGACAUUAGUGAUGAUGUGACAGGAAUUCACAAACAGAAUGUCCCUAGUUCUAAAUCAAGUAGUGUAACUAGGGCUUCUAAGGGUGCUAGUAAUUCUGUGCCAUCAUCUAGUGGAAUUGCUAAUAACAUGGUUGUGAAAGGUAAAUCUCCAAGGACUUCUUUUACCUCCAUAGAAAAUUCUUACCAGAACAUUAAACAUAAAAUGCCAGUAAACCAGGUGAAAGAGAGGCACAUAAACAGUGGUGCUAGCAACUCUCAGACUUCUGUUGGUAGGAAUAUAGCUGAGGACUACAUACAAACAUUAAACUCUGCUGCUACGAAAAUUCAGCGCUAUUUCCGUAAAUAUCGACAGAAAAAUGUCGGUGCAACGGGUGAUAGUGCUAGACAGAAAGCCGGUGCUGCUGCUCUGAAGCGUCUGAUGCAGCAGAAGAGACAAGAGGUCAGGGACAGUCAUAACAAACUGGACUUGUCACUACUGUCUGAGGAAGAGUCAGAGAAAAAGAAGAUGGAGGGUAGGAAGAAGACUCGUGAGGAGAAGGCCCGACAGGCGAGGUUACAAGCCAUCCAGGAUUUACAUAAAAAACGUGAAGAAAAACGAGAGGAAAUCAAACGUAAAGCUGAGGAGGAAGUAUCAUAUCUACAAGCCAGUGGGAAGAUCACCAAAACUCCGUACAAAACAAACCUAGGGAAGAAGAAACAAGAUAAAACUAAAAAGGAAACUAACAAGGAAAAGGAUGACAGUGCUUCUGAGCCUGCCUCCAGUUCCCGAUCAGUGCCUCAGAGUUCCCGGUCAGCCCAGUCUAGUGCCAGGACAGUCAGCACUCUUAGAGGAGACCAGACAGACUCGGAACUUGAGUCAGCAAGUAAUGUGCAGCAGGUGGACACUAAUGGGCUGGACAGCCACAGGGAAGCAAUUCCAGGCAGUGAGGCGGGGACAAAGUCCACACUGAAUGAUCUCCUGGAAACUCUGAAAAAACUGGAGGAAGAGGAACACCUAGAACCCCCCAAACCAGAGAGGAAAAAUGCUUGGUUGGAUGAGAUUGACAAGGAACUUGACAAUAGUAAUCGUCUGACUGAGGAUCGCUUAAGGGAGCUUGGUCAGUCCAAAGAUGGUCCAAGUCACAAAGAAAGCUACCUCUCCGAUGACAAGCUUCGCAGCAUCAUGUCCUUCCUAGAUGAGGUGCAAGUGUCCGACAGAAUCAGUGCUGUAGAGCAGGAAUUGAACAAGGUGUCACAAGAUUUUGAGAUCCCACCUCCCCUAGUCCCAUCAGCUGAUGAGCUGGCUGACCUUGAGAAUGCCCAGGCUACAGCUAACGAGGUGACAAGUACCGUUCUCUCCCAGAGACUGGACCUGGAGGAGAAAAAGAGAACCAUCACUAUGUUACAGAAAGCUCUGAAUCAACAAAGAGAACUAACAAUCAGGCAUGCCAGAGAGACAGAGAAGGAGAUGAAGAAGAGGUUGGAUGUCCAGAAAGAUGAAUAUGAAGAAACAAUCAAAAGACAUCUAUCAUUUAUAGAUCAGCUGAUUGACGACAAGAAGAACCUGAGUGAAAAAUGUGAAAUGUUGGUCAAGGAGCUCAAGACAGUGGAUAAGAAGUACCAGGAUAAAAUAAAGACCAUGGAAGAAAAACAUUCUAUUGAUAUUCAGAAGAUUAAAGAUAUGCAUGAAGCAGCAGAAAAGUUACGACGAGAAAGAUGGAUUCAGGAUAAGACAAAAAAGAUCAAGGAAAUGACUGUGCAAGGGUUGGAACCAGAAAUUCAAAGACUGCAUAUAAAAAUGCUGCUGCUCCUAGAAUCAGAUGAGAGAGCUGCUCAGCGGUAUGUUAGAAUGACGGAGGAACUACGAGACCAACUAGCCAAAGAAAAAGAGGCAGCCUGUGCCAGGGAAAGGGAACUAGCUAAACAAAGGUACUCCUUUGAACUUGAUAGCCAAACAUAAAACGAAAUUAAGAAAAGACGUCGCCUGUAUCAGGAGGUCCAGGAGGAGAAGGAACGCGUAUCCCAGCAGGCCUCACGACAGCGCACCGAGCUCGACAAGCUUCAGAGACAGCUAGAGGACAGUCACGCUCUAGCUCUGGCUGCCAUGAAGUCCGAGUUUGAGAAAGCUAGGGAAGAGCAGGAAAAUAGGCACAAUACUGAAAUUCGAGAAUUAAAAGAAAGAUUAGCUGUGGAGAAAGCAUCAUGGGAAGAGAACUACAUGAAAAAGCAAGAGACGUGGAUGUUACAAAAAGAACGUGAACUGAAGGACCAGGUGAGACGAGACAGGGACAAGGAGAUAGAGUUUGUUAUCUCGAGAUUGGAGGAGGAUGCCACUGCCAGCAGGGAGGAAACCGAGAAAGCUGCAGAUAACAAGAUAAGGAGGAUAAGAGAGAAGUAUGAAAUGGAGAUGAAAGACUUAGAAAGAUCAGAACAGCAAGCUCUUGAAAAAUACAAUGAAAUGAAGGCUCGGUUGACAGAAGUGAGUGGAGAGAAUGAAUGCUUGGUGGUCAAACUGAAUCAGAAGGAUCAAGAGAUAGAAAAUCUACAAGAGCUUACAGACAAGAUGCACAGAGAACGUGACAGGGUUUCAGACAUAAUUCGACAGGAAUUUGCAGAUAGACUGGUGGCAACAGAUGAAGAAAACAAAAGAGUUAAAAAUGAAAUGUCAGAAAUGAAGGCCAGACAUCGGAUAGAGCUAGACAGAUGUAAAGAACAGAUAGAGGAUGUACGGAAACAGAAAGACGAGGAAAUGGAGGAAGUCCACAAAAGGGUGAAGCAGGCCAUUGUGAAGAAGGAGGAUGUGGUGACCCAGUUAAGGGAGCAGUACAGCGCGGCCCAAAAGAGAGCCGACCAUCUGGAGGGUCUCCUACAACAACAGAGGAAGCAGUUAUUGAGCAAAAAAUAAAACAAAGGAGAUCUCAGGAGAGCGGUCAGAGCCAUAACUAUUAGCCAUUAUAGGGCAGUGAUAAUGGAAGAUAACUUACUGAUGUUGUCUUUGACAAGCAAUGUUUCCGCAGAACAAUGUUGUUGCAUUAAUAUUAGAUAAAGCAUCAAGAUGUCAUUGUAGACCCUCACACAAACACACAGGCAUAAGCCAAUAUGUUUACAUGAGUGCAAAUACAGACUCUUUAACAAGAGGGGGCAUAUUGAGUUCAUUAAGGUGAAUUCCUACCCUGUAGAUGUACAUGUAUUUUACAUGUACUUUGACAUCUUAUAUGUCAAGAAACAUGAACUUUCUGAAUAUAUUUUUUUUACUUUUAGACAUUAACAUGUAAUUACAUGUAUCUUCAAGUGCUAGAGUGUUUCUACCUGAAAUGCUAAUGGAUGAUGGCUUUUUUUUACUUAGGAAAUAUAGGACAACAAUUAUAUUGGAAGUUUUAUGAUUUCUAUUUGCUUUAAUUUUGUCUCUUAAUGUAAUAUACCAAUGAAAUGUGAUGUGAACUGUAAAUCCAUCCAAAGUCAAUUCUGUGAUAUUCCUUUUGAAAAUUAUAUGUAUGUAGCAGAAAUACACGGUCUAUUUUUACUCCAUUACCAAAAACCUUAUUUUUGUGGUUUUUAGAUCCUAAUAAGUAACAACCAUUGAUAUUCUGGAUGACACUUUGUUAAGGAUUUAGUUUUCUUGAAGAAUUUGGUACACAAAUGAAACAGGAAUGUUCCUGCUUUUACAGUAGAUUAGGUUUCUGUCUGAGAGGAAUUUUUAUUUAAAGCUUACCUCUGAGCAAUAUAUAUUUUUAUUUAAAUCUUGAAAACAUAUCCAAUGUGGUUCCUUUGUCAGUAUUUUUUUCUUCUAUUUUCUUAUUUAUUUAUUGAUCUGAAGAUUUGAAUCUCUAGUGAAUCCAUCUCAUGCUUUAGAUCGGUUGUAGUCGGAAUGUUGUGGUUUUAAAAAAUUGAAGUACCAUUCAAGAAGUAAUUAUAGAAAAAUGUUGUACUUAAAACAUUCCAAAUUGUUCCUGUAGAGCAAGAUAACUUUUGUUUUGAUGGCCAUUUAGUUAUACUAUUUGUAUUAUUUAAUGAUUAGUUUUCUUUGCGAGUACAUGUAGUUGGGAUGCUGGCCUAAAGUUAACAAUUUUGUUUAUGUUUUAGACUUCAAUAAAUUACAGUACAGUAUUAA